GCGCCUUUCCCCUCCUUCCCGGUUUGGACCUGCCGCGGCCCCCCUCGCGCGCGACCCAUGUCCUAUCCUCAGGGUUACCUGUACCAGCCCCCGGGCUCGCUGGCUCUCUACUCGUGUCCGGCUUAUGGGGCCUCGGCUCUGGCGGCUCCGCGGAGCGAAGAUGUGGGGAGGUCGUCGUCCGGCUCGGCGUUCAGCCCUUACCCGGGAUCGGCUGCUUUCUCCGCCUCCGCUGGCUCGGGCUUCUCCAGCCCGCUGUCGUACUCCACGGACCCCGCCACGGGAUUCCCGUCAUACAUGCAGAGCUCUCCCUAUGACGCACACACGACGGGCAUGGCGGGGACGUUAAGUUAUCACCCGUACGGGGGUCCCGGGUACCCCUACCAGCUCAACGACCCGGCCUACCGCAAGAACGCCACCCGGGACGCCACGGCCACCCUGAAGGCCUGGCUGCAGGAGCACAGAAAGAACCCUUACCCGACCAAAGGCGAGAAGAUCAUGCUGGCCAUCAUCACCAAGAUGACCCUGACGCAGGUCUCCACCUGGUUCGCCAACGCCAGGAGGAGGCUGAAGAAGGAGAACAAGAUGACGUGGGCGCCCAGGAACAAGAGCGAGGACGAGGACGACGAGGACGGGGAUCACGUGGAGCGAGCGGAAAAGAACCUGGACAGCGGCGACGCUUCGGCCGAGGAUGAAGGUAUCAGUUUGCACGUGGACGCGCUGACCGACCACUCGUGUUCUGCCGAGUCAGACGUGGAAAAAGCGGCGGUGUGCGGGCUGAGAGAUUCGGCGUGCAAAGACGACGCGGAGGAGCGCAAGUUGCACGCCUCUCGCCUGGAGCUCUCGCCCAAAUCGGUCACGAGCUCGCCUCCGAUGGGAGUCCAGGCGCCGCUUUUCGGCCAUCAGCACCAGCAGCACCUUCAUCACCUCCAACAGCUCCACCCCGAGGAUUUAGCUCGGAGCCUCGGCACGAGCGACGCCGUGCACCCUAAGAAGUCCUGCCUCGAAAGCAAAGCGCCCGCGGGGGUUUCUCACAACCCCAAACCCAAAUUGUGGUCGCUGGCGGAGAUUGCGACCUCGGAGCCAAAGCAGCAAGUGGGCCAUCCGAGCUGCCCCCCCCCAUCCUCCUCCUCCUCCUCCUACACUGGGGGGCUUCUGACUCCCCCAACUCCCCCCGCAGCCUCCUCGUCUGCCACUUCGCCCUCUCUCUACCCGACCCCCUCCCUCCUCGGAAGACCCAUUUACUACACGUCGCCCUUUUAUGGCACUUACACAAACUACGGAAACUUCAGCCCGCUGCAGGGCCAAAGCAUCCUGCGCUACUCCAACUCGUCCGGGGUGAGUCUGGCGGCCGCAGCCGCCGCCGCGGCAGCGGCCGCCGCCGCAGCCGCCGCCGCCAACGAGGGCCUCGGCUCUCUGCAGGCUCCGGAGGCUCAACUCAGGCCGGACUCGCCCCUCCUGCUCAAAAUCAACUCGAACCAGACUGGCGCCGGCGCUGAGCAACAUCACAAACAACAUUGUAGACCUGCAAAUUUGGACGCAAAGAAGGGAACGUAGAAUUGCGAAUUACCCUGCACAAUUAAGUCAGGCACAACUCUGCAGUGUAUUUUGUAUUCAGAAAAAAAGAAAGAAAGAAACUGGCUGGAGAUAUAAUUAGCUCACUCUUUUCCAAAUGCAGACCAACUUUUAUUUCAUGUGUAGCUCACGUUUUUCCUAACUGAUAAGAUCAAACAAAUUUGCCUUUCAAGAUCGAAUCGUCACCAAUCAAUUGAUUGGGGAUUAAAUUGGAGAAACACGCAACAAGCAAAUGCACGUUGACGUCAAACGUUUUUUUCCCCGGAACAUAAUACUAAUAAUAAUCAUAAUAAUAACAAAAAAAAAAAAAAACAACAGUCUUUUGACAGAUGGUUUGAUGCGGUUUGGAAAUGCAACAUCUUGCCAGCGUUUCGCCUUUUGCGACUCUCAAACAAGACGACGAACCGAACCACGCCCGCGAGUGCUCACUUGCAACAGGUGAGUGGCUCGAACUCGGGCGGGGCUCGUUUCUUCCUUUGGCUUGGUCACAAUCAAUCAUCCUGGGGGAGCAACGCGUGCAUAUAUGCAACCGUAUUUACACCAACUGACUGGAUUCGGAAGGUACCGAUGAAUUUCCAUGAUUUCAUUUGGCAAUUUUCACGUGGACUCGCGCUGUUUUGUCGUUUUUAGUGCAACCGAUGAUUGGUACGCGUCCAUUUUUUAAUGUUUAUUUCCAUCUUCUGCAGGUAGGUGUCACAAUUGCUUUCAGUUUCAAGGUAGCGUGGACACCAGCUAUUAUUUUAUUCAAUUCAUUUUCUCUCCUCGUUGUGCCACCAGAACAGCCGAAUUUAAAUCUCCUUGCUGAGCCCCACACGACAGCACGCACGUUAAAAAUGUUGUUAUUGCUUUGGUGUCACUUUAUUUGAUUCAUAAUUUAUCAUUUGACCUAUUCCCAUAGUUUAUAAAUCCUUCCAAUGUGCUAUUAUCACAUUAUUUCUCAGGUUCC